AUGUCUGAAGCACCAACAUAUAAGGAAGAAGAUCUACGAACAAGAAUUGAAGCGGUGAUACCAAACAUAUAUAACAUUAUAGUUACAGAUCUUUCAUACGGUUGUGGACAAUCAUUUGAUGUUGUUGUUGUGAGUGAUACUUUUAAAGGUAAGAACAAAUUACAAAGAUCUCGUAUUGUUAAUGGAUGUUUGAAAGAGGAAUUGACUACGAUUCAUGCGUUUAGCUGUAAAUGUUACACUGAAGAGGAAUGGUCUAAGAUUGUUGUUUAA